ACACACACACACACACACUCACAUACUCAACGCUCUCCAUCCAACCAUCACCAUGACGACCUCGGCGCUCCGUCGGCAGGUGAAGAACAUCGUGCACAACUACUCUGAGGCCGAGAUCAAGGUCCGUGAGGCGACCUCGAAUGACCCCUGGGGUCCAUCGAGUUCGCUGAUGUCAGAGAUCGCUGACCUCACCUUCAGCGUGGUGGCCUUCUCUGAGGUCAUGAGUAUGGUGUGGAAACGGCUCAACGACCACGGGAAGAACUGGAGACACGUCUACAAGGCCCUGACGCUACUGGACUACCUGGCCAAGACGGGCUCGGAGCGGGUGGCGCAACAGUGCCGGGAGAACGCCUUCACCAUCCAGACGCUACGCGACUUCCAGUACGUGGACCGCGACGGCCGUGACCAGGGCCUAAACGUGCGUGAGAAGGCCAAGCAGCUGGCGGCGCUGCUGCGUGACGACGAGCGCCUCCGUCAGGAGCGAGCUCAGGCCCUGAAGACCAAGGAGCGCAUGGCUGGAGGGGGCACUGGAGGAGGAGGAGGAGGAGCGUACCCGGGCAGGAGGAGCAGUCAGCCCAGCAUGGCAGCACUCUACGGGGAGGAGUUCAGCCGCUCCAGAGGAUCUCCCUCCUCAUUCAACUCGUCCUCCUCGUCUCCGCGGGCGUCUGAUCUGGAGCAGACUCGACCGCAGACCAGCGGGGAGGAGGAGCUGCAGCUACAGCUGGCCCUGGCCAUGAGCCGACAGGAGAGCCAGAAGGAGCAGCACAGUCGCCAAGGAGAUGAUUCAUUCCUUCAGAAAGCCCUUGAUGACAGCAGAAGGGACAACGAACCAGGAACAGGAGAGCACAUGCAGGAUCUGGUGGACAUAUUUGGACCUGUCUCAGAGGCGCCCCCUGGUGAAGACCCUUGGGACGCACAGCCCUCCUGCCCUGUCAACUCUGACCCCUGGGAGUCUGUGGCGGUGGUGAACUCCAGCACGCCAGUCAUUGGCAGCCCCUGGAUGGGCCGUCCUGGCUCCAGUAGCCCCUCCCAGCCCUGGGGUUGCGGCCAAUCAUCAACAGAUCCAUGGGAGGCCCCGCCCUCCAAAAGCAGCCCAAACUCUGUCAAUCAUGCAUGGAAAAGCCCAACAAAUAAUGGUGAUCCCUUCUCUGCCCAGGAAGAGGAGGAGCCUAAAGAGGAAGAGGAGGGGCUUCCCAACCUCUUCAGUCCUCGUGCUGUGAGUCCAGCAGAUUCGGAUCCCUUCGGAGACUCGGUGGUGGUGGCGGAGCAGGUGAACGGGCGCGUCGGAGACGAAAGCCCCGAGACCUUUGACCUCUCGCGCCUGGGCCCGCCCCUGACGGCCGCCGCCAUGGCAACGGCGACGUCGCCGCGACCCUGCCGGACCCCCGAGGCCUUCCUGGGCCCCACGGCCGCCUCGCUGGUCAACCUGGACACACUCAUCCCCGCCAACCCGCCGGCCUCAGCAGGAACCCCUUCCUGUCUGGUCUCAGUGCCCCCUCCCCCACUAACCCCUUCCACUGUGACCAGCCGCGCCUCACCCUUAACCAGCUGCGCCCGUGCUCCACCUCCCCUCUGCCCCCUCACGCCCACCACCACGGCUCCUCCACGCUGCCCUACAGCGCCUCCCUGCCCCUGCCCGUGCCCCGGCACGCCGCCGCCCCCCUCCCUGCCCUCCUCUUCACCCAGCCCCCGCAGGCAGCAGCAUCCGCACCGCUUCUCCCCGCAGCCUCGCCACAUGAUGCAGCCCCAGAGCCACAGCCACAACCCCUUCCUCUGA